AUGGCUUCUACAUUGCCCCGCCUGCCCAUCUUUGAGGCUAUCAAGAAGCACGACGCGCAGAGUACCGCUAUCGUUCACUCCCUAUCAGGUCGCGCUUUUACCUACGGCGAGCUUGUCAAUGAUGUCGCUGCUGCAAAGGACAGGUUGCAACAGAAUUGUAAUGGGCAGAGCGCAGAGGGACAGCGCAUCUCGUUUCUGGUAGAGAAUGGCUAUGACUAUGUAGUGACUCUACUGUCUAUCCUCGCCGCACAUGCAAUCGCCGUCCCGCUAUCGCCUGCCUUCCCCGCCCAUGAGCUCCGCUACAUCAUCGACCAGAGCGAGUCUCUCAUGCUUCUCUCCUCGGAAAAGUUCCAGAGCCAGGCCGACCUUGUAUUGGGUGAGGGCAUGGAGACCAAGCCCAUCAACUACAAACAAGAGAAGAUUAUGAUGGGCAAGACUGACGACUAUGUCACACUGGAAGAACCCACAAGCGACAGGGGUGGAAUGAUGCUAUACACGUCUGGCACUACGAAUCGACCGAAAGGCGUUCUGCUGCCUCAAGACGUAUUGACAGCACAGUCGCGGUCAUUGCUCGAAGCUUGGAAUUAUAGCAGCCAGGAUGUGCUGCUCCAUGUACUCCCUCUACACCACAUCCACGGCACUGUCAAUGCGCUGCUCACACCCCUCUUCGCUGGUAGCACCGUUGAGUUUCAAUUCCCCUUCAACGCUACAGCUGCAUGGGAUCGUCUAGCCGCGCCGUUCCUUCCCAACCCUGAUUCAUCAAAGAAGCCCAUCACCUUUCUCACUGUCGUCCCAACAAUAUACACGCGCUUACUAUCGUCCCAUGCGAGCCUUUCGCCUGAACUCCAAGCUGCUAGCAAAACUGCUCUCCACCCUUCCAACAUGCGCCUCAACAUUUCGGGGUCCGCUGCCCUCCCCACACCGGUAAAAACGGCUUGGACUGAGCUCAGCGGAGGAAAUGUGCUCCUGGAGCGAUACGGCAUGACAGAAGUCGGUAUGGCACUUUCUUGUGGCCUCGACUUCAAAGAUCGCGUCGACGGCUCGGUUGGCUGGCCACUACCGUCGGUGCAAGCGCGCCUCGUGGAUACCGAAACCGGAGAGGUCAUAGAGAUCGGCAAGGAGAUUGAUCCAGCAUCCAAUCGCGAACGACAGGGCGAGAUCCAACUCCGCGGACCCACCAUUUUCAGAGAGUACUGGAAGAACCCCGAAGCCACGACCAAGGAGUUUACAGAGGACACUGACGGCAAAGGAAAGUGGUUCAAGACAGGUGACGUUGCUGUUCGCAGAAACGUUCAUGGAGCGGGUAAGAGCGACCAAGCUUGGGCCAGGGGACCAUUGUACUUUAUCCACGGCCGCAAAUCAGCCGACAUCAUCAAGACGGGCGGCGAGAAAGUGUCGGCCCUCGAAAUCGAACGCGAAAUGCUGUCUCUACCCCAAAUUGACGAAGUCGCCGUCGUCGGUCUCCCCUCGGAAGCCUGGGGCCAGAAAGUAGCUGCCGUCGUUGUCCUUUCCGAGCAAGGCAAGACGUGUGGAAAGGGGGGCAAGGCUUGGUCUGCACUCGAUAUGAGGAGAGCGCUCAAGGAGAUACUGGUCAAUUACAAGAUCCCGCAGGAAAUGAAGGUUGUGGAGAGUAUCCCGAGGAAUGCCAUGGAAACCGGGACAGUGUAG